UUUGGUCCCCCCUGAGUUCGGCUCACAGAGCGGCUGCAGUGAGUGCAGAACGGACUCGAGAAUCGAAUUUUUGGAACUUCUACCGAAUCACUGACAGAAUGCCCUCCGAUCAUCGAUGUGCUCACUUAGGGUUCCAUGAAUUCUCUCUUCGUUGCCCAGAAUCUCCAUCUUGUACUCUGGCGAGGAUCCGAGCAGGGAAAGCGAGAUAAGCUGCUUUUAAUGGAUGUGGAUGUGAAGAAUCUCCAAGCUGGCCUCACUGAUGUGGAGCAGUUAGCUGAACAGCUUUUGCUGGCGCGGCAAGAGAUCGUGGAGUGCGACAAGGCACGCAAUGGACACAGAGAAGCGCUCACUGCCAUGAGGAAGCAAGCUCGCACUUCUCGGAGCAGCGUGCCCGUGCUCGGAAGACCUCUCAUUGUCGAAAUUGAGGAGGCGGUUGCACCGGAGAAGUGUCCCACUUGUGGCGAUCACGACGCAGCAGCACCGAUGUAUUUGAUGAGCCGUUAUUCGGACGUUUUCAUUCGCCUCCCGUUCCAUGACACGCACCUCCUUUUAGAAAAAGAACAAGAGCAGCUGGAGCACACCAUGAAGCGCCUGCAAAGUACCGUGAAGGAAAAGGCAAUGUCGCUGUCGGACAAAGGAGGUCUUUCAGACAUAAUUUCACCGAGUUUACUGAAGUCUUUUGUAACAUUAAAGGAUGAAAAGAGGUGAAGGUUUCGUAGGGUUCACAGACGAGAGCAGAUCCGAGAACAGACAGCUGAAGCAGAGUUGCCCGGAGCAGAGAUAUCACAAUGUGUCGUACAUCUCUGGCUAGUUUUAUUAACUCAUAUGGUAUCAGUUGAGCUCCUCAAAGGGAUUUAGGAUGGGUUCCAAUUACACCUAAAUCACGUUAUGAGUCCACGGAAACCUUAGACUGCGCCUCAUAUGUGAGCUAAGCAACCGCACAAAUUGUCGAAGCGCCGGGAGCUCUCACACGGGGUUUUAUCAUCAAACGCGGGGUCUUCGUUCCUCGAGCGGUUCCAGCCGUGCCACCUCUUUCGAACUCAAAAUUCCUCGAAGGGUUUUUUCACCUGGCUCUCUGACCGAACGUCGUGGCUCUGCGAACUGGUCCGUGUUGUAUUCAUACUACAUUCUGUCUACAUGAGGCCUGUUAAAGGAAAAUGCCUCUAAAAUCAUUCAUGUCAGCCGUUUGGUUCUGAUGACUCUGUCUCAGUAAACAUGCCAGUGCUGACACGUGCGAGGAACCUGAGAUCAGAACGCAGGUAUACUCUUCUAUUGCCUAUUUCCCAAUGAGAGCGCUCGGAAUCGAUGUGCACGGCCGUUCUUCUCUUUUUUGUCAUCCGUCGCGUGUUUUUCUACUGCCGGGGAAGUAUCGUAAAGACCGUCGAUGGAGCACCUCAACACGUGAAACAUGAAAGUACUUUUAGUGGCAAUACCUUGUCCAAAGUUUGAAAGUUGUGGCAUCCUAAAGCAUAGGCCACACAACCUCGAUGCUUGAAGCGUGACCUACAGAAAGCAAGUCAGGUAAGUCAAGAGUAGAUAAUUCGUGGCAUCGUUGCUGUUAUUGACGACGUUUCAGACAGACCGACUGACAGACUGAGCAGUAUGGGUCACGACGAUA